UACCCCUAUAAAUACCCAUAAUACUUCAUUCUCUCAUUCAUAACUUCAAUUUCCGAUCCACUCCGCCAUUAAUUAUAAUAUGUAUCCAUCAGUUUCAAGCGAUUAUAAUAAAUCUCCGCCGCCUUCUGCUCCGCCGCUCCCCAAAGAGCCUCCGGUUGGCAUCCCGGUAGGUGGUCCACCGCCGAUUCAAGCUCCCGCCGUUUGGUCUUCCGGUCUCUGUGACUGCUGUGAUGAUGUCUCAAAUUGUUGCAUAACAUGCUGGUGCCCUUGCAUCACAUUUGGACAGAUUGCCGAAAUUACGGACAAAGGGGCAACUUCUUGUGGGGCAAGUGGAGCCCUGUAUUGUCUCAUAUCAGCUGUUAUUGGAUGCCCUUGUUUCUAUUCAUGCUUCUAUCGCACAAAGCUUAGGAAACAAUAUAUGUUGCCUGAAAGCCCCUGCGGAGAUUGCCUUGUUCAUUUUUGUUGUGACAGCUGUGCUCUGUGCCAAGAGUACCGUGAACUCAAACACCGUGGAUUCGACAUGUCACUUGGAUGGGAAGGAAAUAUGCAGAGACAAAAUAUGGGAGUGGCAAUGACGGCUCCUGGAGUUCAAGGAGGAAUGAACCGUUAAUUCAGUUAUAUAUGCAUAUAAGGGUGGUUCAACUACUUUCUUCCAACAAUAACAUAUUUCAUAAUCUGUCUUAGUUUUAAAUAUGUGUGUGUCUGUAUAAGUAGUUUCUCGAGUUCUACAUUUGCUUUGAGUGUAUGUUCUAAUGCAAUAAUUUUUAAGUUUA